AAUAAAAGAAAGAAAAAAGAUAUUAGUUGAAUUUAAGUUCUCCCGUAGUAGGUCCAGAGGAGUUGGCGCCAAAACAUUAUGACGUCAUAAAGAGACGACUGGCCUUUGAUGUCACGUGAGCAUCUCAACAGCAUCCAAACGAGCAGGUAGGAAUCGGUCAGAUGCUGCAUUCGAGCGCACGCGAUUCAUCGGAAGGCACGCGUCUCAUUUGGAAGAAACUUUUCUACCAUGGAACACCUCACGUCUGAACUUACUGCAUUCGUUGAAUGGUUAGGAGAAUACAGCUCAGAGCUUACUGCUGGUUCUUCAGAAGGCAAAGGCUCUGCAAUAGGGAAGACCACUCCUCAUGACACGGACUGGAAAAGAGACAACGCUGAGGAUAAGACAACUAACUGGCUACAGCUCUUGCCCAAAACACACGGCAAACGGCAAGUGGUCAUUGCCUCUCUGGCUUUCCACAAGACCUGGGCACAGGUAUGUCGUCAGCUGGAAAGCCUGGAGGAGGAGUACAAGAGAAUGGAUGACUGCUGCUGCGCAACAGGCAAGCCUAACUCCAGCGCUCAGAUGGAUCUUGUGACUUCCAUGAUCAGGAAACACCUGGAACAGAAGGAAUUCUUCCUCAAGGCCUUUAUGUUAACCGAGGGAAUCGCAGAUAUCUUCUACCAGUACGUGGAGAUGAACGGCUCUACAAUGGGAAGGCUGGGUCACGACCAAGAAGAGAAUGUUGCAGCACAUGAAUCAACUAGAUGGGCGGGGCUGCACACCUGCGACGCAUCAGGAGCACUUAUUAUUUAAGGAGUCCUGUCACCAUACACAAGUGUCGGACUAUUGCAUAUGCUUGUUACCUGCCUUGCUUACCGCUGUGUGCUCAUCGUCAUCCUCGGUGGUUCCCGACGUUCUUCGGUCGUGUUCUGACACAUUGCAUGGGGAAUACAUGAUGCCAAGAUUGUGUCAUACACUCAAGCGCGGGCAUAAACUGGAGUUUAAAGGAACAGGUCUCGCUUGGCAAAAGUGGCUCAACAAAAGCGUGUGGUGGCCAAACCAUAAUUAAGAAGUCAGGUGGUUGGCAACAAGUUCAACAAUGGUCGUGAGAUGAGAGCGCAAAAAGAACAACACUUGGACCACAACCAUGAUGGACAACUGUAAAAUGUAAAAAACUGUAUAGCUGUAUGGUACCGGUCCAAAAAGUGAAGUUUUCAUUUAUUUUUGUACUUUUGGGCUGUUGUACUAGUGUAUAUAUUUUUUGUAUAUAGUUAUAUGUAUUUUACUUAAUAAAUUGCUAUUGGUAUGUGUAACAGAAUGUUUUUGGUCUUGUU